AUGGCACCACGGAAUCGUGGCCUCGGCAGCAGUUUAGCCACCAAUUUAGAAACCCUACACAUUCUCGAAAGUAACCAAAACGGAGUCCCCUUCCGCCCGCCCUCUGGAUUCCGACCGACCCUAAACGUCCCGCGGUACCUCUUCCGCGUCUGCUCCUCCGGCUCCGCCGGCCUCACCACGCCCGACCUUGCGCAGAGCGCCAGCGCCGCAUCCAACUACGCCCUGUCGCGGACAUGCCUCUUCCGUCUCGACGACGCCUCGCUCGCCGCCGACAUGGUCUUCAAGCACCUCACGUGGGCUUCCCCGCGCGCCGCCGACAACCUCGUCUCCUGGACGAGCUCGCUGCUCACGGCGCUCGUCUACGUCUUUUACCGGCACGCGCGCUUCCGCGAGAGUUUCGACGACAUCUCCCUCUACGUCGUCGACACCACCCGCUUUCCCGACUUGACCUUUAUCUGCGACCUGGAUCUCAUCCGCGCCUUCCGGCAGCACAGUGGCGCCCUGGCCAACCUGGAGGCGCUGCGCCACCGCAAGCACAGUGUCUGGGCGGGCUCCUACCACUUUGGCGAGUAUCUCAGCCAGGGCUCGCUCGGGCUCACGGGCCGCUGCUGCUCGGGUGUCAGCGCGCGGCGCAUGAUGGACGGCGGCCUGCUGGAUCUGCACCCGCGCUUCGCCGAGUUUGCGCAGUGGGCCAGAGGCGAGGAGGACUGGGCGAGCCUCGUCGUUCAGCUGCGCGAGCCGUUUUACGCGCGGUCCGGCAGCGCGCGGCGCCAGGUGUAUCCCAACGACGCGCAGAUCAUGAGCCGCAUCGGAAACUUGUUUGGGGUCGGCUGGCGGGCGCCUGUUGCAGUUGCGCUGCUGGCCUUGGCGCCGAACCGGAUGGGCGCGACGGACUUGCUUCUCAACUUUCGGUUGCUUGGCCCGAUGUGGAAUCCCGUUCUCGAAGAGUGCUUUGAUGCGGCAGCAGCCGUCAAUCCCAGCAACAUGCUGCCCGAGGUGACCGAGUUCCAGUAUAACCUCAACGACGCUUACUUGGAGUUUUGCGAGCUCAAAGUCGGGACAUGCAUCGACAGUGUGAUCGACACACUUCAGGUAGCUCAGCAGCUCAUCACAACUAUAGAGAGCACACGGCAUUCUCCAAGCGGUAUUGGUAGAGCUGAAAAACGAAAGCGCCUAUUCGAUCUCGUGCGCACCCUCGGGGGCAUGAUUGAGCACGUGUUCCCGGACAAAAGCGCCAGCGGCGAAGGGGGCGGUGAAGAUAUCGAGGAAGACACUUGA